AUGGAAUACGGCAGCCAGGUGCUUUUCUUUUUGACCAUAAGUUAUAUACUUUGUGGACUCUUUUGGACGUCAACAUCAACUGUAAUGGACGAGUUAGGAAUGAAACGUUAAAGCAGGACUCAUUGGUGUCUGCUUGGUCUUUUUAGCACAAAGUUCGCUUAAGCCUUAUAAGAGCCCUUUUAUUAGAGUUCGUGAUGUAUACUGCAGAGUGGGAGCAAGGUUUGGGCUUCUUUAUAUCGGGCUGUUGGUAUUCUUACUAUUCCAAACUGAAGAUGAUGCACGCGCGCUAUUCGCCUACAUUGACCCAAACCUCAAUAAACAGCUAGAAAUGCGCACAGAAAACUAUGACAGGAACUGCGAGUUUACAAUCCAAAACGUUUACAAGCUUUCAGACUUUUAUCUUUUGGCCCAUUUCCUCAAUUGGUUUUUUGCAGCAUUGAUAUUAAGGGACUAUUACAUUCUUCAUAUAUGGAGUGUUUUAGAUGAACUUAUAGAAUUAUCAUUAAAAAACAUCAGACCCAACUUUGCUGAGUGCUGGUGGGAUUCUUUGAUACUAGAUGUCCUCUUAGCCAAUACCUUAGGCAUCUGGAUUGGAAUGCUUUUAAUUAGAUACUUUAAAUCACUGGAGUAUGACUGGUUUGGAAGAAGAGGUGCCAAAUCUAUUAAAGAAUGAAAAGUAUGAACUGAGCAUCGACAUUUCCAAGGAGUAUUUUUGGUCAUUUUAUUUGUGUCGCUAAAUUUUGUCACUGGAUUUACAGUAUCAAAUUCGCUAUGGAUCCCACCUUCAAGCAAAUUAAACAUUGUAAGGCUGCUGAUAUGGCUAGUUGUGGGAGGAUUAGGAUUCAGAGAAGGAUAUGACGACGUGAGGACUUGGGGAGACCAUCUUAGAGCAGAAAAGCAAAUCUUUGCACAGUACAGAUGGACUGCAUGAAUGAUGCUUUGCUGCGAGGUCAUUUUAAGCUGGAAAUUCAGACAUAAUGCUGGAAAUAGACUUGAUGAAUCAGUGCAUUGGUAUGUAGUAUUACCUUGGGCAACUUAUAUUAUAGGUUCUCUGCUGUAUUACUGCUAUUUAAGGCUGUUUUACAAGUACAGAAUCUACAAAGAUGGCACCUACAUGGACUUGGAAAUCCGCCAACAAAGUUUACAAAACAAAAAAACCAAUUAA